AUGGAAUCGUCUGACAAAUUGAAUGAGUUUUUUGCAAAUGGUACUGAAUUCACUCUUCAUCGGCUCUUAAGUGAUAUCGGUUGUAACGAUACGAAUAUCGACAUGAAUGACUUAGUCAAAUUCGAUCCAAUGAAAUUGCUUGAUGCACGAUCCUUCAAUGAAAUUUUUCAAUGUGAUUCAUUCGAAGAAGUUAACACACCAAUCGAUAUUCAAUCAGAUCUCCCAGACAGUAUUCCACCAUCUGCAAUGACUUGUUCAUCAGGCUCAUUCUCCGAACUCUGUCCACCACCACUGGAUCUUCCAGCUAAACAGGAACUUUCUAUUGAGAACAAUCAAUUAAAAAUUGAAGCUGAAAAUUCAUUGGAAUACACAGAAUUAAAUUCGUUUGAUAACUUCGUACUCACACCAUCAACAUCGGCUCACAUGUCUCAAGAAUUCAACUUCGAUGAAAGCGCAUUAGCUGCUAUUGAACAAGAUUACAGCUACUUAGCAAAACAAACAACAGUUGUUAAUACGCCUUCACCAUCACCAACAAUAUCUAAACGUCCAGUAGCAUGUGAAUCUCGUCGAAUAUCUUCUCGACUUCAGUCACGUGCAACACUCAUCGAUUUCAAACAAAUCUUAGAAGAUGAGUCAUGCUCAUCGCCCUCGAUGUCACCGAACAGUUCUAUAUCAAUAAAACGUACAAAACGGUCACGACAUAUCAAUCGUGCAACAGAUAUCAAAACCGAAGAUGAUUUAUCCUAUUAUUUGGAAAGACGUCGAAAAAAUAAUGAAGCAUCGAAGAUGUCACGUGCAGCACGUAAGCAAAAGUUCGGUAAUAUGGACACUCAAUGCGCCGAUUACGAACGUGUCAAUGCUGAACUUCGUUUGAAAAUAUCUACACUUGAAGUUGUGACAGCUAAUUUGAAAGAUGGCCUGAUUCAUACGUUUCAACGUAAACGGGGUGUUGAUGCAAAAUUGUAA